AAAGGCACGUUUGUUUACAUUCAUCUUGCCGUGGCGUAUAGUGCGUGUUUCGCGUAUUGUUACGGGCAGCAGGGUGUCGGGGUGCUUCAACAAGAAACAGGCGCGGACAAACAGACCGUCUCGUCCUUUCGCGGUGUGUUCCGCCCGAUUAUGAGCGUCCCGGGUGCGGCGGGAAGCUCGGUGUGCCGGUAAAACGUCAACAGCGACCGAGGCACGGCUAGGCAUGCCAGGCCCGCCAGGAUGUGUUAUGUCGUGAUCGCAAAGUUCAUCCGUCGGCGGCUGGUGCUAGCGAUAAUCUUUCUUCUUUCCCUGUCCUACUGCAUGGUGCACCUGAUACGAAAGAGCAACAACCUCAGCCUGAACGGGGACUAUCUGCAGACGCAGCUGCUGCUGCGCAAAAACAUUAUCUGGACCAAAGUGCGGCACACCGGGCAGCCGGGUGCACUGGGGGCGGAGGUUCUGCCUGCCGGCACGGCCAACGAAACCGACGACCAGCCAGCCCAGCCGGCCAGCUGCCGAAAUUCGAUCCAAGGCCGGUCGCUGCUCGUCGAUGACCGUGGGUACGUGUGCCCGCGGGCCGACCUGCUCGCGAACGGCUGCUGCAGCGCUGGGAGCGGCGGCACCACGGCGAACGCGGACGCAGGCCGGCUCUUCCCGUGCCGCACCUGUCUGCCGAACCGCUGCUGUGCCGUGUACGAGUACUGUGUGGCGUGCUGCCUGAACCCGGACAAGGUACGCAGGGCCGUGCUUUCUCCCCUCUGUGUCCGCAUUCAUUGUAUCACACCGUAUUUCAUGUACCGUUUUGCCGUUUUAGCGACCGAUCCUGGAGGAGGUGCUGGCCAAAGCGAACGGCCGACAGGUGGCCCUGUACGCGGAGGUGACCGACCAGUUCGAGCUGUGCCUGACCAAGUGUCGCACCAACUCGCAGUCGGUGCAGAACGAGAACAAGUACCGGAAUCCGGAACAGAAGCACUGCUACGGUGAGAUGAGCGAGGCGGCGUGGGCUUCCGCAAGCGGCAAGGACGCGCAGAAACCGCUCCCGGACGAUCCGUGAGGGAACGCAGGACCGUAGGAAGGCAAAAAACAAAAACGAAAGCUAAGCGAUAGGUUAAGUGUGAAAAGUCAAUUUUAUAUUACACACUGAUACGCACAUAUGCACACAUUCACACACAUGCGCUCGCGCUCUACUAGGCGCCAUUAGUGUGCUUUUUGUUGUUGUCAUCCGUCCACUACUGGCUGGCCGUUUUGUGUAUUCCCCUCCUCGCCACUCUUUAGAGAAAAAGGGAUGCGGACGUGGAAAACUAUGCGCUCAUGUGUGUGUGUCUGUGUUAAUGUGCGUGUGAAUGUAUGGCUAAAAUAAAGACAACCCCGUGUAUUUGUUAGAAGAUAAAUCCUUAACAGCAAAAACCAAA